UUGAGAUUUGAGGUGGUCCAAAAUAGCCGUUGUUUGCUAAUGUUGAUAUAUGUCCUUAAACUCCUAACAUUUAAUAUGUUGAAACGUUCAACUACCACAGCAGGUGUGUGCUUGUGGGAGUGAUGCUGGUGGGAAACUCCCUCUACAUUCCCAUGACUGGGAAUGACAAAAAAAACAACAAAAAAAAACCCCACAACCCCGCUAGGCCAGGCUGAGAUCAGUGACCAACCAUGAUCUUGCGACGGUGGGGCCUAUUGCUAACACUGGAAUGCAUGUUUCUAUGCGUCUCCAGCCAGUCUCCCAGUCAGAAGCGGCAGUGUGCCUUUCAGAUCAAGCCCAACAACAACAAAUAUCUCCAGGAGGGAAAUGUCAGCGGCUCGGUGCAGAUUUGCGAGCGUACGCACUGCUGCGUGGGCUAUUUCCUCAUCGUCCGUGGCCAGCCAGAGGUUGACGUUCUGGCUUGCAAUAAGGUUGAAAAGUCUUGCCCGCAUGCAACCUGCAAGCCGCAAGCUCGUCAAAAGAAUCUGGUUAAAUGUGUAUGCAACGCAGACCUGUGCAACAGCAAUAUCAAUUGGACUGGGCUGUCACAAGAGCCCGGGCCCACUGGCUCUGUGGAUGAAACGUGGAUAAUCAUUGUUGUCCUGAGUGUGGCGCUCCUCUGCUUUGUAAUUGUUGCUCUUCAGUGGCUGCAUCUCUCACAGAGGAAGAGUAACAUUUCUUCAAGGGAGACGCCCCAGGCUUCCCUUCAUAGCUCACCAGUGUGUUCCUGCCAAACAACACACACCUCGCAGAUGGAUGUCACUCAUAUACAACUACAUCAGAUGGUGGCCCGUGGGCAUUUUGCCACGGUGUGGAGGGGAACACAUGGAGGUUCUGUGGUGGCUGUGAAAGUUAUCCCCGCCGCCAUGAAGCACGCGUUCACCUCUGAGGAAGAGGUCUACGGGCUUCCACUGAUGAAGCAUGCCAGCAUCAUCUGCUUCCUGGGCUCUGGGAGAAGGUCACAUGACGGCAGCUGGCUCAUUGUCCUGCAGUAUGCAGAAUAUGGCCGCACGGUGACUGAGUGGUUAGUCAGGAGACCGGGAAGACCUACCGGCUCUCUGCACUCCUUUCUGUGCAAGAACACCACCAGCUGGCUGUUGUCGCUCAAGAUGUGCCACUCUUUAUCACAGGGACUCUGCUAUCUCCACACGGACCUUCAUACACAAGAAGGGCACAAGCCGCCUGUGGCCCACAGAGACCUGAGCAGCUUCAAUGUGCUUGUACGAGCAGAUGGUACUUGUGCCCUUUCUGAUUUUGGUUGCUCCACCAUCCUGCGCUCAUGUUUGGGACACUGCCAAACAAGAACCACAAAGAGUCAUGCUCAGGCCGGCACCCUGUGCUACAUGUCCCCCGAGAUCCUGGAAGGUUCCGUUAAUCUCCUCAGCAACUGGUGCCUGCACGCUGAUGUCUAUGCUCUUGGUUUGCUGCUGUGGGAGAUCUGGAUGCGCUGCUCGGCUUUAUUUCAAGAUGACGCCCCUCCACAACACCUGCUACCUUACCAACAAGAGCUGGGAGCCAGGUUGACUUGGGAGAGCCUCACCAUUCACGUGUCUCACAUGGAAAGAAGACCAUCCAUACCAGAGCAUUGGCGGCUGCUGAGACAGGGGUCUGCGCUGCAAGGUCUACUGAGGGAAUGCUGGGACUGUGACCCAGAUGCUCGGCUGACUGCUCAGUGUGUUGUAGACAGAUUAGUAUCUCUUCACUCUCAUUAUUUUGUAUAACAAUUAUCUUCACCUUGUCUUCUUAUUGUUUACAUAUCGAUAGUAAGUCUUGAGGAUCCCUCAGUGAAGCUCCUUUGUUACUGCAUUGAAUCAUUUUUAAGAUCAAUGCCAAUCAUGAGAUGAAAUUAGACACUGUUGCUGUCACUUUAGACAUGCAGGAAUCAGAAAAGAAGCUGCAGGCUGUAUGACAAGACAAGACACGUUGAUUUCUGUCACACACUUUAACAGCAAGGCAAUUCACAAUGCUUUAUUCAGUGUUACAAUUUAUGUAAAGGCACUAUACCUGUACAUCUUUUUUGUGUUUUUAUGUUUUUAGGUCUUGUUUUUGAAUCUUUUAAGUGCUUUUAACCCUUAAAAGGUUCUAAAUAUUGUCAGUCAUUUGUCCCUAAUGACAAAAAGUCCCCCAAAUCUCCCCCAAAAUAUUAUAUAUUCAUUUUUUCCUCUUGUCUUUUAAGACCACUUCAGCCUGAAAUAUUGUUUAACAUUUUUUUUUAUUGAAAAGAAAGCAAAACUAAAAAAAAAUAAUGAAUUUCUCUAAAAUACAUUUCAAGGAGUAUUUGCUUUAUUUUAUUAUUGUUAGGCCCUGAAAUGGGUAAAUGAUUGGCAGCAGCAUUGUGUCAGAUAAAAAACAAACAAAAAUAACUCACACUUGAGGUGCGAGGAGAUGUGCAUUCAAAAGUUUAGAGAUUCAAAUUUUCUUUUUGUGUAUCAUGUAUAUUUUUUUAUAAAUCACAAGUACACCCAUUUGAGAACCACUGUACUUUGCUGUAGGAUCAAACUUGAUAUAUUUUCAAAACUGUGUGUAUUGUAUUCUUGUGAAUAUUGUCAUUCAUCCAGGUCCAUUGUAUUCUCAGGGCAUUCAAUCGUGCGUAUUGCAUUAUUAUGAUGGUCAUAAUCACUGGUGGUAUAAUAUACACACUUCUACACUUCUACACUUUGUGGUGGAGGACAUGGAUUUGAUUCCCAGCCAUGUACUGCAUCAGGAAGAGUAUCCGGCGUAAAAACUAUUAACUCACUGUGGUCACCCCUGCAGUUGCUGAGCCAGAAAUUUUUCAUUGGGGUGGCCAAGGUGAGACCAUUACUCACAUAGGGGUGGCAAUAAGUUGAUACCUGAAUUGUCUAGAUGCCCGUUGGGGUGGCCGGAGAGUGACCAAGAGAGGCGCCAUUGGACUCCUGACAGGCUGAAAGUGGGAAAAUAAAAUGUUCAUUGUGAGCUUAGAUAACAGAUACAGUACACACGUGCAUGCACACAACUUUUCAUACAGGUGUAGUCCACAUUCUCAGAUGACUAAGAGGCCAAUCAUUUGAAAGUUGUCACGUCCAUGCCUUUUCCAUGACAUGAGGCACAUUUUCCAUAGAGACUGAACAAAAGUACAACUACAAAAAUAAACAUUGACACCUAUCAAAACUAGACAUUAUUACAUUAUGUUUAUUUUCUACCUUUUUUUGUAUUGGAUCCCAUUAGACGUACGUAAUGAAGUGUUCAGUGAGUGACUCCGUGUUGAAAGCGUCACAAACAAUAGCUGUGGUUGCGCAAUAAUUCGUGUUGUUAAAAAAAGAAAAGAAACAAUUUAUGUUGUUCCCUUACGUAGAAGUUAAGUCAAGUGCGUGGAGGAUAAAAGGAGGGCGCGGCUUCCUGCGCAUGUUCUCUCCCUGCUGAAUGCGGAAGACAAACAUUGGAGCUCAGCUGGCACUUCCUGACCAAUUUACCAACUAAAAAGCUUCCAAAAGGACUUUAUAUAACGCCUGAAGUGUAAACA